GCAUCCAGUCACAAGAGCUGCGUGUGUGGGGAGAGAUUGGAUCAGUGGCGCAUUGGGUUAUCGCACUGCACUACGAAUCCAGCGAGCCGAGUUGAGAUUCCCUGCCACAGAUAACAUCAAUGCCCAGCCCACCCCAGCCCAGCCCAUGGCGUUCCCUCUGCCCCGUCCGCGGCCCCCGGAGUUGCCGUCGCACCGCGCGCGGAGUCUGGCGUGCGGGCAGGGCGCCGUGCGGGCCGUGCGCUUCAACGUGGAUGGGAACUACUGUCUGACGUGCGGCAGUGACAAAUCCCUGAAGCUAUGGAACCCGGAGACCGGGAGGCUCCUUCACACGUACAGCGGACACGGAUACGAGGUGCUGGACGCGGCUGGCUCGUGUGAUAACUCGCAGCUGACCUCGUGUUCGUCGGACAAGACGGUCGCCUUGUGGGAUGUGGCCAGCGGACAUAUGCUGAGGAAAUUACGAGGACAUGCGGGGAAGGUGAGCUGUGUCCGCUUUAAUGAGGAAUCAACAGUCAUUUUGUCAGGCUCGGAGGACACGUCUGUGCGGUGCUGGGAUGUGAGGACACGCGGACAACGUCCCAUACAGACGCUGAGCGAAGCCACAGAUGGAGUCACGGGGCUGGAUGUCACCCAGGGGGACAUCAUCACGGGGUCGGUGGAUGGCCGGGUGAGGAGGUACGACCUCCGCAUGGGUCAACUUCACACAGACUUUGUGGGCAGCCCUGUGGUGUGCGUGGCGAUGACGCGAGACUCUCAGUGUUGCCUGAGCUCAGCCUUGGACUCGACAUUGAGGCUCAUGGACAAUGACACGGGGGAGCUCCUCUCAGAGUACACAGGACACGUGAGUGGACGCUAUAGCCUCGACUGCGCUCUCUCAGAGCGAGACACCCAUGUGGUGAGCGGCUCCGAGGAUGGGAAGGUCUAUUUCUGGGACCUCGUGCAGGCCUCGCUCGCUCUCACUCUCGUCGUGGGCAGUGCAGUCGUCCACUCACUCUCGUUCCACCCGAGCAGCCCCAUCCUUCUCACGGCGUCUGAGGGGACGGUGGAUGUGUGGAUGACGAAGAGCGACGAGGAGAAAGCCGAGGAGAAAGAGGGGGAAACAUAGGGGCCACUGAUCACAACUUGGACCACACUACACUUUAUACCACAACGUAUUACACCACAGAAACGACAUUGGCUUAUACUACACAACGCAGCAUACUAAACACACAACACACACUAUAUUACACAAAAUACUGAACUAAACUGUAAACUAAACUAUUUUUUAUUUUACUAGGAAGGGCCCACUGAGCUAUAUGGCUCUUUUUCAGAAGCGACCUGGCCACAAAUGGCAGCUCAACGUAGUGGCUUAUCAUGUGGAAAUUUAUUGCAGCCAAAUACUCGAAAUGUAUGUUUCUAUAUGUGGAGGGAAAACCGGAGGACCCUGGGAAAAAUCCACUGGGAGAACAUGCAAACUCCAAAUUUCCGGGCUUCAAGGUCAGGAUUAAACCCAUGACCUGUAUACGUGACAAGGGAGAUAACAUCUCACCACACAGCGUAUACACUGUACUACACAACAGACAAAUUAUAACCUACACUAUAUAUUAUACUUCACAAAAUUGGUCAACGGGUGGAGCAUUUGUACAGUGGUUUGCGAACUAUAUUCUGAACCUAGCAAGCUGAGUUAGAUUCCUGGCUUUGGCUAACAUCAGUGGCCAGUGACAUCUGAACCGAACGAGGGCUUGCACCACUACACACAUUACACCACACAACGUACAACCUACACGACACAUUAUACUUCACUGUAAAACAUUCAAAACACACUUGAACAGCAACAGCCCCCGUUUACCACGAAGCGCUUAUGCCACGUUAGGUGCACGUUGAGGUUAUGUGAAGUAUCGAAGGCUUGCUGGCAGAAGCACAACCUGUUCUCCACUGGCACACGCUCCACGCACUACACCACACUAUACACUAUUUACAUGUACAUUCGUCUUUGUCAGUCCAUUGCUGGUUGAGGUCCUCCUCAUGCCUUACAUGUCAUGGGGCAGAGGGGGGUUUAAUUGCAUCUCAUGCGCUGUUGGCUACGUAGGGUGCGAAAGAAGUUUAACAUACCAGUGUGAUAUACAUCGCAUUGGUAAAGGGAGCAUAUUAAUCCAAUGGAUUUUGCUGCACAGUCAUCUGCUGCCCACAAUAUCCCUGCAUGUUGCCGUUGAGCAAUGUACGAUAUACUUUGUUUAUACUGUGUUACACCAAACACCACGCGUUUUGAAAUAAAAGUUUUUCAUGUCA